CCAUUUUACAUUGUAAAGAUAAGAUUCUGAGAGGUUAAGCACUUUGAAUGAGGUCAUAUAACUACUGAUUGGUGGUGUUGGGGUUUGAACCUACACAGUCUGACUUCAGAAUACAACUUUCCAACUUAGCAUAUUUGGUCUCCUAUUACAUUUACUACUGUAAAUUCACUCCUCUAACGCGGUGUUUUUCAUACAGAAACCUGUGGCAUCGAAUUCCCUUGCUUCCUUACUAGAUUUCUGCAAUGUCUGUGACGGGAUUCUCCCUGCCUUAAUCAUACAGGGAUUGAGUACAUUGGAGCUGGAGCUAGCCAGGUAGAGAGCCUGAAAAAGUCAGAUAUGGCUGUUUCCUAAAAUGUGGGCUCCCUGGAGAUAAUUAGGCAAAGGCUGCCAGCCUGACAAAUCUACUCCCAGGAGUUUCCACCACCCUAGAAAGGAUGUUGCACUGUAUUCACAAAAUUUUAAAAUGUUAGAGCUGGAAAGGGAUUAGGAAAUCACCUAAUCUAUUGGUUUCCAAACACUUUUAGUUGUGGGCCCCUUUGCUUAAAAGUGGCUCUUUAUAGAAGCAUACACAUUAAAAGAAAAAAAAAAGUUGAGGUAAAGAAGAACCUGUGAUGCUUCCUCUCCAAACCUCUAUAAACCUCUAAAACUGAGGAGUCCAGUUUCAAAAAAUGCGUAGUCCGACCCUCUCAUUUCACAGGUGAGGAACGUUAAGUUCUAGGCUAGUGAUGACGAAGGCUGCACAGCCCACUAGUUAGGAAACCAGUACCUAAAUGUGCUGAAGUUCAGUAAUUCCAAUGCUUUUAUUGGAGGAGUCAUCUUUACGCAGCAUUUCUAAAGACUACUGUGGACAAAGCAUUGAACUAGUUGCUAUGAGGACGACAAAUAUGAACAAGACCCAGUUCCACCCAUUCGGAGCUCACAGUUGAGGCUAGUGAAGAACAUAGAGACACUUAAAAAACAAAACAAAACAAAAAACAACAACCCACCCACACGCACGCAAUUAACUAUGGCUAAUCAUAGUCUCCAAACUAUGAUUCUCGAGACCGAGGAGGAUGUCAGGACCUUGGCCAGUUCCGGACGCGACAACAGUGAGGGUCUUUCUAGGUUGAGGCCCUGGCACCGGGGAGAGAAGGGGCAGGGGGCAGAAAUCGGCCCCAAGUGGGAAGUAUGGCAGGCGAGCCCCGCACCAAGACCCGGCGCACACCGAGCAGAGCCGCCCUCCGUAGGAAGCAUGGCUCUCUGGCGGGCUUAUCAGCGGGCUCUGACUGCUCACCCAUGGAAAGUACAGGUCCUGACAGCUGGGUCUCUGAUGGGCCUGGGUGACGUUAUCUCACAGCAGCUGGUGGAGAGGCGAGGUCUGCAGGAACACCAGACUGGCCGGACCCUGACCAUGGUUUCUCUGGGCUGUGGCUUUGUGGGCCCUGUAGUAGGAGGCUGGUACAGGGUUUUGGACCGGCUCAUCCCUGGGACCACCAAGGUGGAUGCACUAAAGAAGAUGCUGUUGGAUCAGGGGGGCUUUGCCCCAUGUUUUCUAGGCUGUUUCCUCCCACUGGUAGGGACCCUCAAUGGACUAUCAACCCAGGACAAUUGGGCCAAACUCCAGCGGGAUUAUCCUGAUGCCCUCAUCACUAACUACUAUCUCUGGCCUGCCGUGCAGUUAGCCAACUUCUACCUGGUCCCUCUUCAUUACAGGUUGGCUGUUGUCCAGUGUGUUGCUGUUAUCUGGAACUCCUACCUGUCCUGGAAGGCACAUCGGCUCUGAGCCUGCCUCACUCCAUUGUUUCCACCUUGCAGUGAUACAGCUUGACCCUGGAAGGGUCAGACCACCUCCUCAAAGUGGGCACAUCAGUUUUCACGGGAUUCGAUGCCUGGUCAGAACUUGAUGGGAUUAGCACUCUGAAAGGCAAUUUCACUCUAAGUGUAACCUGACUCCUACUGAAAUCACCAAAACCUUGAUAAUGGUCUUAUAGCCACCACAUAGUAGGCACUCCAUAAGUACUUGUUGAACUAUAUGAUUUUGUCAACCUAAGUUUAUACUCAUAUCCUUGCAAAUGCCACUCAUCCCCAUUCUUCAUGGACACACAUUUGUUUUUCUAAACCUCCCCAGCCCUAGUGUAGCUCAAUUUUGGAGGACCCCCUCAAACCCUUUAUAUGGUGCCUCCAUAAAUAUGUUACUAAGUAGGUCAUCUACAACCUACAGAGGCAAUAAGUAAGACUCAGCAGAAAACUACUGGGGAGUUGAAUUUUCUAGAGCUUGGAAAGAAGCCUGGAGAACACCAAGCCCAAUCUCCUGUUUUAGAUGAGGACACUGGGGUCCACAGAAGUGAGGUGACCUGUCGACACCACGAGUUUGUGGCAGAGUAGAAACUUGAACCCAUGUGCUAUAGAUUAAAUGUUCAUAUCCUCCCCAAAUUAGUAUGGUGAAAACCUAAUGCCCAAGGUGAUGGUAUUAGGAGGUGGGGGCCUUUGGGAAGUGAUUAAAUCAUAAGGGCAAGGCAAGAGUCCAUGUGAGGACACAGCAAGAAGAUGCCAUCUAUGAAUCAGAAAGCAGACAGCAAACCUACUGGCACCAUUAUCUUGGACUUCCCAGUCUCCUGAACUGUGAGAAAUAAAUGUUUGUUGUUUAUAAGCCA